AUGGAAGAAAAUGAUCUUGUUGCUGCAUUAGAGAGGCUUGUAUACGAGAUUUGCUUGUUUGUAAUAAACGAUGAACAGGUGUGGAACAAUAACGAAGACAUUUCCAGGCUUCAACAUGGACUCCGGACGAAUCACUAUAUCCAUGGAAAUCUGAACACAUCUGGACGCCAGCGGAUAUUGGAUACUUAUGAAUCUCAGCAAAGCAUUCAAGAUGCACCAGCUUGA